GCCCGCCUGACGUAAUUGCCAGAUUCGACGUAUUUUUGUUUAUGUGUGCCCGCUCCCCCGCCCCUCAAGAAGCGAGUGGGAAGCUGCUGCCGCCCGAUCCCGAUGUCCACAUCCAGGUGCGGAAAAUAUUAACUCCGCCACUUCCGCCGGAAUCCCUCCCAGCCCCCGAUGCCAAUCAUCUGUUGCUGACCACAGGAACACCACGCAAAAUCAUCAAAACUGAAACUAAAACAAAGAAAAUAUGAAUCGAUCUGAACCGAUUCCUAUCCGGAGAGACCGGUCUUUCGACAGUGUGCUCAAUCGACUGCUCCGGAUGAGGUCCCAGAACCAUGAGAGUUUUCGCGCUGCCAUGUACAACUUCCUAAUUGCCGCUGGAGUGGGGGCCUUCGUGGCCGUCUGCUUCAUCCUCGGGCCCUUCGUCCGACCGCUGUUGUGGGCCUUCCUCAUGGGUGCCGUGCUCUUCCCGUUCAAACGGCGGCUGGCGGAGAGUGUAAACGGUUGGUUCCAGCGCCUGGAGGAACGUGACUCCAAUGUUCUGGUUUCUAUCUGCCUGUCCCCGUUGGAGGCCACUGAGCACUGCGGUCGCUUGCUGAUCGGAUGGCUCUGCGAGCACUGGCAACUACUCCUAGCCGGAUGCGGAGUGGCCGGGUGCAUCAAGCUGUUGGUCCUGUACGCGCCCAAGGGCUUCCUCUUGGCGCUCUGGCACUGGAUAACCUUUUCGCACGGCAUGUUCGUUCAAAUUAUCGGAUUCCUCAACGUGUACGUGCUUAUCUCCCUGGUUGUGGUCUACUUGACCUGUGUGCACUUCUUCUGGACGCCAGAUAACAGCGCUCAUUUCGUGGUCGCCGGUCAGUCCAUGUGGAUAGCCGUGGCUGGCUAUCUGAGCAGCUUCCUUGGCGCCCUCCAGGUGCCGGUUUUCUUGCUGGUCAUGGCCUAUGUAACAGCCUCUACGGCGUAUCAUCUGCAGACGAUAGAUGAUUCGGAAUCCUACCUGCAUCGCCUGCAAAAGUUGUUCGACAAGAACGAUUUCGAGCGAUCGCUGAGUAACUUUAGCAUUUGCGGCAGAACCAACAAUGAGCCACUAAGUCCGGGUCUGCAAUCGGAUGUGGAGGACAUCUCGCUGAGCGACACGGUCGACUCCACGGACACAUUUGAUGCCAAGCCGGGAACAGAAGCACCAGGCCACCAGAGCGAUACGUUCUUUAAGCUCCUGUUCUACGCUUGUCUGGGCACUUUUCUUUAUCGCAACGUGUGGAUGUUUAUACUAGCUGCUAUUCCAGUAUUCCUGCACCUCAUCUACACAGUGGGAGCGUACACGGGAAUUACCCAGUUUGUUUGUAACAAAAUCAGUGAAGUUUACGCAACACUGCGAUCGUGGGCCAUCGAACACCACUCCGCCGUGCUGCCGCUGUGCCUGCCUGGCGUUCUUGAACUGAACUACAAGAUCAACACUAUCGUGCGGGACUCGUUAAAGUCCUCUGUAGAAUCAGUAACUUCCAUCCUUAUGAUCAUUCUUAUGUUGCUCAUCAUCGUAUUUCUGAGCGUGUUCUUCUGCGUGAACAUAUACUCGGAGACGAUUGAGGUUGCUUACCUAGGCAAGGAUCUAAUUAACAAGACGAUCACAGAUCGGCCUGAGCUAAUUGAUAUCUUGCCAGCGAACAUGCAAUCGUCAAUCGAUGAUGCCUUAGACAAUGCACACCACUAUGGUCGCCGCAAAAUCGAGACCUACAUUGACGACUGGCUUGCGGAUGCUGACAAAGUGCACGCCACCAAGCUGAAGGAGCAGAUCCUCGACGUGUGGGACAGACUCAUCCAGUACUGGAUCGAUUUUAACAAGGCGGGCACCUCGUACGGUCCGCGGGUACCAACGGAUGCGCUGAAGAGUACAUUUGGGGAAAUCGUCGACAAUCCAGGACAUUUUAAAGAGCUAGUUUUAGUGGCAAAACAGGGCAUUAUUGGCUGGGCGCAGAGCAACACGCAGACGAUCCUCGAGGUUGCCGAGUCCCUGUGGCACAUCAUUCGAACCAAUCUUUCAAUGAUCAUGGGCGUGACCGGAGAAGUCCUAUCGCUAGUACUAUCUGGUGGACAGGCGUGCAUUGAAUUUAUAUUGGACAUGAUUGUAUUCUUCACGGCCCUGUUUUAUCUGCUUUCAAGCAGUCAGGAAAAGUACGCGCCGCUGCAGAUCACCAAGUACCUGGGUUACUCCAGUUCGGGGAUCAAAAUUGCCGAUGCCCUGGAGAAUUCAAUUACCGUGGUCCUAAUUUCCAUGUUCCGGUGCUCGACAUUUACGGGCUUGUUCACCUGGUUGGUGCACACGAUUUUUGGGGCCCGGAUAGUAUUCCUACCGUCAGCUUUGGCGGCCAUGCUGGCGGCGGCUCCUUUUCUAGGCAGUUACUGGUGUGCGGUGCCAGCCUUUUUAGAGCUCUGGCUGGCCCAGGACCGGUUUUAUGCAGGACUUAUACUGUUCCUGCUUCAAUUCUUUGUGCCCUCAUCUUUUGAAACGGCCAUAUAUGCGGACCUAAAAGGUGGUGGACAUCCGUACCUGAAUGGUCUGGCCAUAGCCGGAGGCAUGUAUUGGAUCGGCUGGCAAGGAGCUAUCUUCGGACCCUUGAUGCUUUGCUUCUUCAUCGGUCUCUUCGAGGUGGCCACUCUGGCCAUGCGCAGCCAUCAAGAUCCCAGGAACAGCACUGAUGAGGAGACACGCACCACCUCAAUUGCCUGUAGGGCCAACGAAACCGCUAACGACAGCACAACGAAAACGAAAGACGUUACAGAUGGAAAGUCUGUGACAGGGGGAAAACCUGUUGAGCUAAAAAUUGUAACCAAAACCAAAACAUUUCACCUGUUGAACGCCAAGGAAAAGCAGUAAAGAGCUUUAAUUUCGAUAAUUUAUGAAGUAUAGUUAACAUUAAAUACAGAGUAUUGAAAUAUAUACGUGGAUAAUAUGACAGAAACCUGGCUUCAAAAAUUCGUAAAAGGGAAAGCUUUACGAUAAGUGCAAUAUAAUCGUAAAAUACUUUCCGUAUUUUAUAAAAAUAUAUCCUUAUUUUUUACGCUUUUUAAAAGUGUUAUGCUGAUUAGUUGGUGUACUGAUUCUUGAAGGUGAACUCCGGAUGUUUUUCCACACUGCAAGAAAAAUAUAAAAUGGCUUAAAAUAAAGCCAAUAUAGCAAUGACACGUAUUCAUACCCAUGGAAGAAGGCAAAGUCACAGACGCGAAUGUUCUUAUCCAAGCUGGACAACUUGGCCACCUCCUCCGCCGUCAGUUCAAAGUCAAAGACAUCCAGAUUCUGUUUAAGGCGAUCCGGAUUCGUGCUCUUGGGAAUGGCGGCCACACCAGUAUCGAUGAUCCAGCGGAGCAGCACUUGGGCUGGCGACUUGCCAUGGGCGGCGGCGAUCUCCUUGACCUCCGGGAUGUCCAUCAGAUCUGGCAGAUCCCUCACGAUGCCGGCACCUGCGUUAAACUUGGCGAUUCCCUUGGAUCCCAGAGGGGAGUAGGCGGUAACGGUCACUUUCUCGGACUGGCAAAAAUCGACCAGAUCACGCUGUUGCAGAUAAACAUGGUGUUCGAUCUGGUUUGUGGCCGGCCGGAUCUUGCAGUUCUUUAGCAGGCGAGCAACCUGAUCCUUGCUGAAGUUCGAAACGCCGAUGGAUUUUGUCAGACCCUUCUCCACCAGAGACUCCAUAGCCACCCAGAUGGCGGCGUGAUUGGUAGUCACGUCAACCUCCAUCAGGCCAUCCUCGCCAACCUUCAAAUCAAGGUGAAGAUAUAAAUGUUAUAUAGGUAUGUAUGUUCAAAAAAUGCCAAACUACCUUAAAGCUGCCAUCCUCGUUGAUAAGGAUGGUAAAGGGAGUGUGCACCAAAUACAAGUCUACGUAUUCCAGCUGCAGAUCUUCCAGUGACUUUUUAAUGGUCGGCUCCACCUCGUGAGGGCGGUUGG